AUGCGCAAACACUGCGCCGAAUGUCCGAAUGAAGGCAAAACAAACCACUUCCUCGAAGUUGAUGCUCAUAUGACUGCAGCAUAGAAAUGGCAGUGCUGCAGUGCUCUCAAACUCUCAUUCUGUUUUCGGCAAUAAUAUGUUGUGCCUUGACGGGAGAGCCGGGGGAUGUUUUACCUCCAAACAUCAUCAUCUUGCUCAUGGAUGACAUGGGUUGGGGGGACUUGGGGGUGUUUGGCCAGCCAUCCAAAGAGACCCCCAACCUGGAUGCCAUGGCUGCUCAGGGCAUGCUGUUUCCAAAUUUCUACACUGCCAACCCACUCUGUUCCCCAUCCAGAGCUGCACUUCUCACCGGGAGGCUGCCUGUCAGAAAUGGUUUCUACACCACAAACGCUCAUGCCAGAAACGCAUAUACACCACAGGAGAUAAUGGGAGGAAUCUCCAAGGAUGAGAUUUUGUUACCCCAGAUGCUGACAAAAAUGGACUACGUCAGCAAGAUCGUUGGAAAGUGGCAUCUGGGCCACAGACCGCAGUAUCUGCCUCUGAAGAAGGGCUUUGAUCAGUGGUUUGGUUCUCCAAACUGCCACUUUGGCCCUUACAACAACUCUUUUAGACCCAAUAUCCCCGUCUACAAGAACGGGGAGAUGGUGGGCAGAUUCUAUGAGGAGUUUAAGAUUGACAGGAAGACUGGAGAGUCCAACCUCACACAGAUCUACCUGGAGGAAGCCUUGAUGUUCAUAAACGUUCAGGCCGUGAUGAAGCGGCCCUUCUUCCUCUACUGGGCGGCGGACGCCACUCACGCCCCCGUCUACGCCUCCAAACCAUUCCUUGGGAAGAGUCAGCGAGGCCGGUACGGUGAUGCGGUGAUGGAGCUAGACGACAGCAUCGGCCGGCUUUUGAAGGUUCUGCGGUUGCUUAACAUAGAAAACAACACUUUCGUCUUCUUUACCUCUGACAACGGCGCUGCUCUUUCGUCAGGCCCACAUGAAAGUGGCAGCAACGGGCCGUUCCUCUGCGGGAAGGAGACCACUUUUGAAGGGGGCAUGAGGGAGCCGGCCAUUGCCUGGUGGCCCGGACACAUCAAAGGGGGCACGGUAAGUUUCCAGCUGGCCAAUGUGAUGGACCUGUUCACCACCAGUCUCGCUCUGGCCGGCAUCAGCCCUCCCAGUAACACAAUCCUUGAUGGGCUGGACCUGACACCAGUCCUGCUAAAUCAGGACCCAGGAGAACUCCAAAACAGGCCAAUCUUCUAUUACCGCGGGAAUGAGCUGAUGGCUGUGAGGCUCGGACAAUACAAAGCACACUACUGGACCUGGAGCAACUCGUGGGAGCAGUUUAAGACCGGCAUCAACUUCUGUCCCGGUCAAGAGGUCCCUGGAGUGACCACUCAUAUACAGAAGGAGCACACAAUGCAGCCAAUCAUUUUCCACCUGGGACGGGAUCCUGGGGAAAAGUUCCCCAUCAGUGUUUUGUCAGAGGAGUACCAGGAUGCUUUGAGCAGGAUCUCUCCGGUUGUGGAGCAGCAUAAGAAGACUCUGAUGCCCGGUGUUCCCCAGCUCAACAUGUGUGAUGUAGCUGUGAUGAACUGGGCCCCCGAAGGCUGUGAGAGCUUGGGAAAGUGUCUCACUGUGCCCAAGUCUGCGCCAUGGAAGUGUGACUGGCCACACUGAGAGCGAAAAAUAUGAGGCGGCGGAACCUGAAGGUGUGCCUUCCUGCAGAACAACAACCAAAAGAUGUCUUGUCUUUGUAAAGUGCUUUAUGUUCAGUGUUAAGGAAAAGGGCAUUAUGUUGGUAUGACAACAUUUCAUCCAGUAUGAACAUUGCUUUUUUGCAGCUGUGAUUUUAACAAGUCAACACAACUUUUUUACCUGGUCUGGAAAAUGAAUUUUCAGUCACGAGUCAUGUGAGUGAUGUCGGCCAGAUAGCAAAAUGUAAUUAUUGUGAUUGUGCCUGAAGAAAUAAACUAUGCCAUGUUGGAUUAUGG